UCUGAGAUGAAUGUGAGUUACUCAGAAAGACAGAUCGAUGCUGUGGAGGGUUUAUCAGUGGAUUUUCUCUGCACUUACUCACAUUCCAAAGCUGAGAGAGUUAAUAAAGCUUUCUGGUUUUACUUUCGGCCUGAAGUGGAGUCAGAGGAGCUGAGUGAGGAAGAGCAGUUUGCUGGUCGAGUGGAGUUUAUUGGAGAUAAGGAGAGAAACUGCACUCUGAGAAUGAGACGUGUGAGAGAGAGAGACUCUGGAGAAUAUCGCUUUCAGUUCAGCACUCAGUCUGGAGAGACAUUUACUGGAUCACCUGGAGUCACUCUGAAAGUUACAGGUCUUCUGGUUCCAGAGGAGAGUUCAGUGUUAAAGCUGGUCACAGUGGGAGUGGUGGUCUUUCUGGCUCUAAUACUCAUCACAGCAGCUCUGUGGAGGUUCUAUGUGAUCAGAAGGAAGAGAGGAGCAGAGAGAGACACAGAUAUUCAGACUCCAGAUCCUGCAGACCACACAUACACAGCUCUGAAUCCCACCACCAUGACCUCAGAUUAUGACACUCUACAUGUAAGUCUAGUGUGUGUGUGUGUGUGUGUGUGUUUGUUCUCCUGGUUAGUGUUUUUAGUUCUAGAAGCUUUUUUAAUGUUUUUUUUCUCUUCCACCAUCUUACAGACUCUCCCAGUGACACAGCCUUAAACCCUGAAACCAUGAGCUCUGAUUACGACACUCUGACAGUAAGUCUUCAGUACCUACACUGAGUGUGUGUUUAUGUGUGUGAGUUGAGUGUGUUUAAAUGUUGUUCUCCGCUGUGUGUUUUUCAGGGUGUGAAGGCUUCACAGUGAGCAUCAGAGACGAGCUCCAGCCACAGAUUAUGAAAAUUUACAGAGACCCUCACCAUAGAAACCCCCUCAAUUACACUCAGAUUAGCCUCCAUUAUAACUGAAA